AUUUUUAGUAGUCUUGCGGAGGAAGGAAUGAAGUGGAUCAAGAGAAACUUUCUUACGACCUUCAGCUAAACCAAUCACACAAUCAACCAAUGAGCUUAUGGCAACCUUCACACACUACCUAUAAAUUUACCAUUCUUCUCCAUUCUUCCAUUACCAUGCCGGUUACUUCGGAUCAAGUUCGACGUUUCUGCGCUAUUCAAAAGAUGAAGGAGAUCUCUAUACCACUACCACCAUCUCUUGCUACGCUAUCAUUUGAAGAACGUUAUCAAGUCUUCAAGCCUGACUUACCAAAGUAUAACUUUCCUAUGAGUUAUCCACAAUGGAUUCAAGCAGAAAAACUUCGACACUACAACCCAACUGCUUACGACUCUUGGUUGACAUCGUGUACCUCUACCACGUACUUUCAACCCGUACCAUCUAUCCAUACACCUGAAUCAAGAAAACGAUCACCAUCACCGCUACCUGUUCAACAGACAGAGAUUAAACACUCUGUACAAGACAGGAUACCGCCCACCUCCCGAAAAAGACAUGCUUCACCUGAUAUACCUCACAAGAUGCCCAAGCUAACUCAUUUCAUUGAUGACAUUUUAGAAACACCUUUUCAACCAAAGACUACAUCUCCUAUUGUAGAUUUGGAUUUCAAUGUCGAUUUAGAUUUCGAGCCUAUUACACCGUUACAAGUAGAAGAUAUGAUUGCGGCUAGCACUAGCGCUGAAGACAUACCGAAAGAACAACCUGCACGUGAUACCGAUACCUUGUAUGAAACGAUAAAGUCAGAGUUCAACACGGACAGCACGUUAUGGACAUUCAUCUACAGAGGUCUACCGCCAGUGUUUAUUAAAAGAACGCAUGUGAAUGCUUUGAUAAAUACAUCAUACCGACCACUACUACUUUGUUUUUCAGUCUACUCCUACGAAUUGUAA